ACUCUCUAUCCUGGUUUUGAAUCUUCUCUUCUCUUCUCUUCUCUAAUCUUAAAAUAAAAAUAUCCAAACUCUUGUCCUCUGCCGUAGACACACUCCAACAAUGGCAGUGUCACUAACCUUCUCUCUCGCCGGCACCGGCGCUGGAAGCCGACUGAACGGAGAAUUCUGGCAAGUGGGUUUCGUUGAACCGAAGCUUACUCACACUCACAACAAACUUUCUUCUACUUCCCGUUUCUCUCUUUGCAAUUACUUUUGGCAACCCAACAAUUUGAUUUUUAAUUCCACCAGAUUUUCUACUUCGAUUUCGGCUACUGGGAAAGAGUCUGAAGAUAGCUUUAUUCAGAAUGCAAGUGAAGAUACAGAUGAAAUGUUUGAUAAAUUGUUUGAUAGAUAUGGGAAAGUUGUAUUUAGAAGAACUGACAAAAAGGCUCCUAGUGCAGAAGUUGAUGAUGAUGCUGAAAGCUUAUCCUUUGCCGUGGCUAUGGCCAAGGUUGCAAGUGAGGUAAAAGCUGGAGAUAUAAAGGUCCUUUUUGUGAAGCCUUUAGUGUAUUGGACUCGAUUUUUUAUCAUCACCACAGCAUUUUCUCGUCCUCAAAUUAAUGCCAUUGCGUCCAAGAUAAGAGAUUUGGCUGAGAAGAAGUAUGGGAGAGUGCCAACAGGUGACACAAAACCCAAUUCAUGGACCCUUUUGGAUUAUGGUGAUGUAGUCAUCCAUAUAUUUCUUCCUCCACAAAGAGAUUUUUACAACUUAGAAGAGUUCUACGCCAAUGCUACUCCUAUCGAGUUGCCUUUUGAAAAUGAACGACCGCCAUUCCAAGGCUGAGAAACUCUUGAUUCACUUGACGGUUGGAAGAAACAGACAACGAUGACAAUAUAUAAGACCGUUUUGAUAUACGGAUCUCAUCGUUUACAAGCAUUGGUUUUGUUGUUGUACCCUUUCAUCUUAACUUGUGCAGAGGCAGAGUGCUAUGCUUACAAUCUACUAUGAUCAAUCAGUAAUGAGGCAAUAGGGUUUUCCACUUAUUAAGUGGUCAAGCUGCGAUGAAGAACAACUCUUUUGUUAACUUCUGUAUUAAUAUUCCACCAUUCUCUUAGGAUGUGUAAAUUUUAACAAUAAAAUUGCACUUUUAUCAAAUAUAUUGGUCAGUAUAUUUUCUUUAGAAAUGUCCUCAAGAAAAACUUAGUUUUAAGGCAUCAAGGUAUGUAAUUGUGAAGUGGUAAUUAUAUUUGAGUUCUAUUUGAAAA